AUGCAGUUUCACGUGAGCCUUCCUCAGGCGAACGGAGGCCACAACCCGACGAAGCCACCAAAGGUCUACAAGAUCAAGCUUACGCUUGUCGCAGACAUCAAUCCCGAGGUCCUUGAGCGAUUCGUCAAUGGUCAACAGUCCAACGAUAAUACCGUUCUCACUGCCAUCAUGGCUUUGAACAAUGUGAUACGUCAAGAACCCAACCUCAACUAUCCUUUCAACGUUCGAUCCUUUUUCACAGAUCGGGAAAAGCGGGAUAUUGGCGGUGGCAUUGAGCUCUGGCGCGGAUACUCCCAAUCCGUCCGCCCUUCUAUCGGACGCUUGCUGGUUAACGUUGACAUUGCGACGGGUAUGAUGUAUAAGGAGGGUCCUUUGCUCAACUUAUGCAUGGACUUCUUGAGGGAUCGCGGCCUUCGGAGUAAUUCUCCGGACGCGCUUGCACCUCCUGGAUUUCCCGAUAGUGAACGUAUUCGCCUUCAGCGAUUCAUUACCGGAAUGCGCGUCAUCGUUGAAACAACGGGGAAUAGGAAGCGGGUUAUUAGGGGACUCUCCAAGGCCGGUGCUAAUCAGCUCAGUUUUACUCUGCGCGACGGCACUGUCAUGACGGUUGCCCAGUACUUCCAGCAGCAACUUGGGAGACCUUUGAGGUACCCUGGAGCCGUUUGCGUCGAGGUUGGUGCAAGCGCCCUCAUUCCACUUGAGGUCUGCAAGGUCCCGAAAGGCCAGAUAAUGCGCAAGCAGAUUCCCCCUUCAAAAACCAAGGACCUCGUCGAAUUUUCGACUAAGCGACCUGAAGAGCGCCUUAGAAGUAUCAUGGAGGGCGUAGAUAUGCUUCAAUACGGUCAAUCUCAAUACAUCCGCGACUUCGGGAUGACGAUUACCACAAACACGGGGCCUCUUGAAGUUUCUGCCAGGGUCUUGAAACCACUCAGCUUGAAGUACGGCGAAGGAAGCAAACAGGCCGUAGUGACUCCGAAAGGUGGGGCCUGGAACAUGGUUGACAAACGGUUCUAUGCGCCAGCAGCCAUCAAGGCGUGGGUUAUCCUCAUCUAUGAAUCGGAAAGGCGGUUUUCGUCUAGAGACUGCCAAGACAUGAUCAAAGGCUUUCUUCAUGCUUGUGACGACGUUGGCAUUAAAGUGGAAGUGCGCGAUCCAAUUGUCAAGUAUGAGAAUGGGCAGGGCAACAUUGCAACGCAUUUUGACAAUAUUGGCAAACAAUGUGUUGCCAAGACAAAAUUUCUCCCAACACUGAUCGUCGCGGUGCUACCAGACAACGUGGGUGACCUUUAUAGCACCAUUAAACACCACGGUGACAUCAGGUUUGGCGUUGCGACGCAGUGCCUCAAGAGCCAUAAAUGCUCCCGCGCCAAAGAACAGUAUUGGAAAAACGUCAUGCUUAAAGUGAAUGUCAAACUGGGCGGAAUAAAUGUUGUACCAUCAUCCACCGAGCUCAGUGAUCCAGCCAACCCAACCAUCGUCAUAGGUACGCCCAGCGCAAUCAUCGCAAGCAUAUUAACAUUCUGUCUCUCAGGCGCUGAUACCGCUCAUCCGGCGCCUGGUGCACAUGACCGCCCAUCGUUUACAUCCGUCGUCGCUAACGUUGAUUCAAACGUCGCAAAAUAUGUCGCUAGUACUCGAGUUCAGAAGGGCCGCCAGGAGAUAAUUACUGAUCUCAAAGAGAUGUGCAAGGAUGUACUGAAGUUGUACGGGAAUUAUCAAGAGAAGAUGGAAAAGAAGGCCCCGAACGCCUGCAAGCCCAAGCGGCUUAUCUUCUAUCGAGAUGGCGUUUCCGAGGGCCAAUUUGGGCAUGUUCUUUCGCAAGAGCUUCCUUUAAUCCAAGAAGCCUGCCGGGAACUGGGAAUGUCCCCCAAGAUAACAUUGAUCGUUGUGGGGAAGCGUCAUCACAUUCGUUUAUUUCCACAAGAACAAGCGGAUCGAAGUGGUAACUGCCCGGCGGGAACCGUCGCUGACCGAGGCAUCGCCCACCCAACGGAAUUUGAUUUUUAUCUCCAAAGCCAUGGAGGCCUUCUCGGCACCAGUCGUCCUGCCCACUAUUCUGUACUUCAUGAUGAAAAUAACUUCAAUUCCAAUACUCUCCAAGCCUUUUCGUUUGCACUUUGCCAUGUCUACGCACGCGCCACGCGUUCUGUUUCCAUUCCUGCUCCAGUGUAUUAUGCUGACAUCGUCUGCGCACGGGCGAAGAACCACUACGAUCCCGAAGGGAACCUUGACUUAUCCGAGUCGGCAACAGGGACGGUCGACUCCGACCGCCGCGAUGCAACCCUCGAAGCAUUCAAGAAAGGCUUCAAGCAGGUUCAUCAAUAUCACCGAAUGCGAAUGUAUUUUUCUUGA